AUGAUGCGCCGGCCCGGCGCCGGGCCCGGCGCCGGCCCGGCGCCGACUCGUCCCAAGCGGCGCGCGCUCCGGAGCGCGCGCCCGGCGCGCCGGGCCCGGCGCGCCGGGUCCCGGGACGCCGGGUCCCGAGCGCCUGGCACCCACUUCGGGGUCUCAACCCAUGCCCCUGGCCCUGGCUCUUCGGUCCCGGGCCCCGACACCUGGCACUUCGGGCCCCGACACCCGGGUCCCGACAGGCCGGUCCCGGGCCCCGACACCUGGCACGUCGGGGCCCGACACCUGGCACGUCGGGGCCCGACACCUGGCACGUCGGGGCCCGACACCUGGCACGUCGGGGACCCGAACCCUGGCACUUCGGGCCCCGACGACAGGACCCGGGCCCGGCCCCGACACCUGGCAACGUCGGGCCCCGGGUCGGUAACCUGGCGCGUUGCGACAGCCCCGGGUCCGGUCUCGGGUAUCCAGCAGGAGAAGCUGUCAGCCUCCAUCAACACCACGCUGAAUAGCGAGCCUGCGGCUGGUUUGCUAGACCUGCAAAGUGACCCGGCGGCUGGCAGCAGCGGAGGAGCGAAACGGGGUGUCGGCGGCGAUGAUCCCACCGCCAACAAGAGGGCGAAGGGGGGGGGCGGGGCCGGGGGCCAGAACCGAACCCGCCCCCUCGAGAUCGUGAAGCUGCAGAAGCGGACCAGGUUCGUCACCGCUCUGAACACGGUGCACAGGGACGCGGUGAACAGGGACACGGAAGCGCAAAAGGUUAUCCAAGAAGCGGCCGCGCUUGCUGCCACGAACCCGGAUGCCGAAUCCGACGAGUCGCUCAUGCUCAAGAGCCCAUACUUGGAAGUGGAUUUGCGAGCGCGCUUGGCUGUGCUGACUGCGUGGUCCGGGGGCACUGGCGACGACAAAACGUUGCAAGAGCUGAUCACCGAGGAAAGCUACUUCAAUAGCGUGGAGGAGCUGAAGAACAUGAUGUCCUUCGCCAAAAUGCAGAAGAUCGACCAGGCGAUCAGAGAUGUCUUCACUCACGAAGAUCUGGAUGCCUGCGUGGAGCAGUACGACCGUGCGUUGGCGGGUGUCAAGAUCAUGAUGGCUGCUGUGAAAGAAGUGGGCAAGAACUGGCAGGCUUUCUGCCAAGCCACACGGAAGAGCCGGCUCAACUUGGAGAAGAAGCUAGCCAAACAGGCAGAGGCGCAAAAGGUGCGGGAGGCCAAGAAGGCGGAGGCGGCAUCAACUUCAGCCAAGGCUCGGGCGGGCAACGGCUGUUUGGAGCACAUCACCAAGUCGGACUGCGCUUUUUUCCGCUCGAUAACCUCUACGAACAUCAAGCAGAUCCAGCUGACUGCGGUGUCCGUUGCGCCGGAGGUCACGAGCAAGCCGUUCCUUCUUCGCUGCCUGGCGCAAUUGAUUGUGGCCAGCAAGAAGAAAUCCAUGCUCGACCAGCUCUCCUCCCUCUCGGAGCAGACAGAUGCCAGCCGCCAGCGAGUUUCGGAGCUUCUGCCAACCUUUGACAAGAACUUCUUGUCGAGAAAGGAGCUCCAGCUGUUUGCCCCGCUCCCGGCUACGCACGUGGAGCCGCUUCGCCUGGCAAUGUUGGACCAGAUCGGGGGUAGCACUGAAGAGGCUGACGCCGACACGCAGGGCAUGAGGGACCUCAUCGGGUCCAGCAACCUGGACGCUGCCAAGGCUCUGCGAGAGCUACACCUUGUGGGCUACAAAGCAGGGUACGUGCAAGAAGGCUGCGAGCCGUUCGGCCUCGGCACGGUGAAGAUCAUGUUGCAGGGAACGAAGUGCUACAUGGCUGUGUUCAGCAUGCAGCGCAUUCUUGACGAUUGCCACUCCGACCAUGACAUUGAGGUGGCCUUGGGCAUCCCCGCCAUGAUCUGCAAUCUGAAGGACCAGGAUGCGCCUGAUCUCUUUAAUGAGGUCAACUUUGUCUCCUUUAUGACUGUGAUGCCGGGCGACUUAGUGUACAUUCCGCCUGGGUCGCUGGUCCUGAGCAAGACUUGCGCAACGCCAAGCACGUUUCUCCGUGCGCAAAUGUUCAAUGCUUUGUGCCCUGCAAAUGUGGCAUUUGACUUCUGGCAGAAACUCAUGCAGCCAGACAGGGUUUCCUUUUUGGCGGAGUUGCUGAAGCUGCAGAAGCCUUGGUCUGCUGAUGAUGUCGGAUCUGGGCCACUGAACAAGGUCAAGACGGAGUCUGCGGCCGCGCAUGCAGCCAACGAUGACAGCAACGUGCCCGGGCCUCCUGCUGAUGCUGAUGUGGAGGCUGCUGAGGAGGUGGCCCCAAAGGAAGCGACCGAGCAGACCAAGCCGGAGUCCACACAGCCCACGCCAGAGCCAGCUCCAAAGCCUGCUGCUGCCGCUGCCGCCAAUCAGGAGCAGCCUAGCCAGCCUGAUCAGGCUCCUGGCGAGGCUGACGCCGCGAUGCUUAUACUGGAGGCUGCCGAGACCAAGCCUGCCCCAGAGGCCCCAGAGGCCUCAGAAAGGACUGCUUCCGCGCCAAUGCCCAUGGCGACAGAGGCUGCUGAGACCAAGUCUGCAGAGGAUGUUGCCCUGGAGUCAGAGAAGACUGCUUCCGCGGCGCUGCCCACGCCGGAACCUGCCCAGUUUGUGGAGGAGGCUGCCGAGACCAAGUCUGCCCCGGAGUCCGAGAAGACUGCUUGCGCGGCGGCUGAGACCAAGUCUGCAGAGGAGGUCGCCCCCGCCCCGGAGUCCGAGAAGACUGAUUCCGCGGCGAUGCCCACACAGCCAGAAAAUGCUGAGACCAAGUCUGCAGAGGAGGUCGCCCCGGAGUCCGAGAAGACUGCUUCCGCGGCGAUGCCCACACCGCCAGAGGCUGCUGAGGAGGUUGCCCCGGAGUCCGAGAAGACUGCUUCCGCGGCAAUGCCCGCACCGGAGCCGGAGGCUGCCCAGUUUGCAGAGGAGGCUGCCCCGGAGUCGGAGGCUGCCAAGACCAAGUCUGCCCCGGAGUCAGAGAAGACAGCAUCCGCGGCGAUGCCCACACCGGAGGCUGCAGAGGAGUUUGCCCCGGCCCCAAGUGCCCCAGAGUCAGAGAAGGCAAUGGCCACGCCGCCGCCGGAGGCUGCCGAGACCAAGCCUGCUGCAAACCCAGAGGCUGCUUCCGCGAUGGAUAGUGAGGAUCUCGACAUGGCCCUGGGUGCGCUCAUGGAAGCCGAAGCAGCCACAGACUGCGGCGCGAAGGUGGCGCCAACGCUGGAGACGCGUGACGUGGACGUGGACAAGGCCAAGACCAAGUCCAAGGCGAAGGGGGCCAAGGCCAAGGACGGGCUUUUUGGGCCCAGCAGCAUGGCACAGAACAGAGGCAGCCCCGGCCGCAGCCGCAGCGUCGACUUCAAAGACGCCAGAUUGCUUCUGGCCAAAUCCGCCAAGGCCGCCAGUGGGCCAAAGGCCAAGGCCAAGAGCAAGAGCGCCGCGAAGGCAAAGGCUGCCGGGAAGCCGUCGGCUGAGAAGCCGUCGGCGGGCCUUGUACAGCUCGCCGAGAAGAUGCUGAGCCGGCGGGCCAAGGUGGAUCAGCGUCUCAGAGGCCGCGCCUGCCGGAUCAACGGCCACGGCUCGUGGCACGCCCCCACGGCCCGGCAGUGGCUGGAGGGCGCCGUCCAAGGCAAGGACCUCAUGUCGGACCACGACUCCCCGGCGACGAAGGCUUCGCUGAGUUCCACGCUGUGGCGCUCCAUGGGCGCCUGGCGCCUCAGCCCUGAAGAGCCAAGGAUCUUCUUGGAGUGCCGGGCUCCGCAGACCUGCCUGGGCUACGACUGGAACCAGUGGAAGCGUCUCAGCUACGAGCAGAUGCUGCUGGAAACUGCCCACCAGGUCUCCAUUUGCGCAGUGAAGGUGCACCCGGGCAAGCGACCCGACGAGCCGGAACUGCGGCUCAUGUCCAAGCUUGCCAGUCAAGGCAUUCUCCCCAUGGCCUUUGAGAUCUUUGGACCGCAGCAGAGCUGGCUGCAGACGACACAAGCGCAGUCCGCUUCCCUUCGGCUGGGCAUCGCGCCGAGCACGUUGGCAUUGAAGUGGGCUGAGCAUAAAGGCUUCCUGGCGCUGGUGCCUGAGCUGGAGAUGCUGGGGCCCAUUUCCAGCUCCGAGCACCGUGCCUUCAUGCGCCUGUAUCGUGAAGCGCCGCCAGUGGAGACCUGCAUGGCGGUGCUGUGGGGCACCACCAUGGGCGCCAUCCCCUCCGUGGCGGAGGCCAAGCCGCCAGCGGUCCGCCCACCCAGGACACUUCCAGUGGAGCAUCUCCACCUCAACCUGGCCAAGCUGCAGCAGGUGCAGGCUCAUUCUGCCAGAAGAGCGCCGCAGGCCGAAGCUGAACCCACCCCUCGAUGUGAAUUACAGGCGGUUCGAAUCGCUUUGCCAGAUAUGCGGCGCCGCGCCGGACAGGCACAGCCAGGUGUGGUUUGGCGCGGCGAGACGGCGCAGCAGCGGCUCGCCAUCGCGCCCAUCAGCCCGCAUGCGAGCCCGACGAGUCACCUGGUGGAGGAUGAGUAUUGCCUCCCCUGGCCAGAGGAGCCCGAGCAGUCCCCAGGGCCCGUGCCAGCUGCGCUGCGGCCUGUUCCUCCCAAGAGGCCGGACAAGCCUUCGCCCAGACCGAAGAGGCCACGCGAGGUGCUGGUUGUCGCAACUGGGGAUGGCCCUGUCAAGACAGAGCCCGACUUUGCCUACGAGAGCCUCUUCGUCAGCAUCGGCACGAAGUGAUCCUGCUUGACGCUUCACGGUUUGCGCCGGCUCAAGAAAGGAAGAUGCUUGGAGCGCGGUCAAUGCCGGCA